CAGUGUUUUCCGACAGCCCCUGAACGCCUCACUCAUCAGCUGCGAUCUGAGCCCAGCUCGUGCAGACAGAACCAGUCCAGGUCGGAACUCCUGGGUCUUGAGUCGUGAAGAAUGGCUCCUCAGACCCCGAAGAGGCUGGUGUCCAACGCCCUGGAGGACAUGUCUGAGGUCAACCUGCAGAAGUUCUGCAUGGCCCUGAUGGAGAUGAAGGUCGAUGGUCGCCGCGUGGUUCGGCGGAACCAGGUGGACGGGAAGAAGUUCUGGGAGCUGGCGGAUUUGAUGGUCGGAGUUUUCACGGAGACAAAGGUUGUGAACGUGGCCGUGGAGAUCCUCCGGGACAUCGGCUGCUGUCAGGAGGCGGAGGACCUGG